AUGGCCGCCGGUGCAACCGCCGCUCAUGCCACUGCCAAUGGCGCAACAAAUUGUGAAGAGGAUAGUGAGGAGUGUGAUAUGUUCAAUGGGAGGUGGGUGAAGGAGCCCAGGGGAUCACCCUACACUAAUGAGAGUUGCAGAACAUUGCCUGUACUGAUGAAUUGUGGCAAGUAUGGGAAGGAGGAUGGAUAUAUAUACUGGAGAUGGAAGCCAGAUGGCUGUGACAUACCAAGAUUCGACCCGAAGAUCUUCCUUGCCAUUGUUAGAGGGAAGAAGCUUGCCUUCAUCGGCGAUUCGCUCGCUCGAAACCACAUGGAGUCCUUACUCUGCCUCUUAUCUCAGGCAGAAUCUCCAAUAAAUGUCUACAAGGAUCCUCAAGAUAAAUUUAGAACAUGGGAGUUCCCUUCUCAUAACUUCACCCUCAUGGUCAUGCGGACUGAGUUCUUAGUCAUUGGAACGGAGAGAAUGAUCAAUGGAACAGGCUCGAAUGACUUCGACAUCCACCUUGACAGGAUUAACAAAGCCUGGGCUGAUCAAAUCUCCAGCUUAAACUACAUAAUCAUUUCCAGUUCCAACUGGUUCUUCAGAAAGAAUUACUUGUAUGAGAAUGGAAACCUCAUUGGAUGCGUAAAUUGUCAUGAGGGAAACUUAACUCAAUUUAGCAUCGGUUUUGCGGUUCAAAGAGUCUUUAGAACUGCUCUCAAGUACAUAAGCAGCUGCGAAGAAUGCAAAAAAGAUAUUGUCACCUUCGUGAGGACUUACUCUCCCUCACAUUUUGAGCAUGGGCAUUGGUUUACAGGAGGAUACUGUAAUAGAAGUCAGCCACUUGAUGAGAGAGAAGUGGACAUUUUUGGUGGGAUGAGUUGGGAACUCAGAAAGAUUCAGUUUGAAGAAUUGGGGAGAGUGAGAGAGGAGGAGAAGAACAAUAAGAAGUUCAAAAUUUUGGAUGUGACAAGGGCAAUGUUGAUGAGGGUUGAUGGCCAUCCAGGAUCAUAUUGGCCAGCAAAGAGGAAUGUUAAUGACUGCCUGCAUUGGUGCUUGCCUGGGCCAAUCGAUAUGUGGAGUGAUUUGUUGUUAAAGGCUUUGAGGAAGGAUUAGUACAUUUGUUUGAUUUUGAUUUGUUGCUAUACUUGUAAUUUUGUUUAUCA